AAACUGCAUCCUUUAUAUAAUUAGUAUUUCCUUGUUUCUCACCCCUCUCAUUGUCUCUGACUUAACAGUAGAGGAAAGGCAAGGAGAUAGUGAAGGAAAAGAUGAUUAUCACAGUGAAGGGGUCGACAAUGGUGCGCCCGGCUCAGCAAACGCCGAGGAUUGCACUGUGGAACUCCAAUGUGGACUUGGUGGUUCCGAGAAUGCAUACACCAAGUGUGUAUUUCUACAGACCAAAUGGUGCACCCAAUUUCUUUGAUACGCAAGUGUUGAAAGAAGCCUUGAGCAGGGCUCUUGUUCCCUUCUAUCCAAUGGCUGGGCGUUUGAGGAGAGAUGAAGAUGGGCGCAUCGAAAUAGACUGUGAUGGUCAAGGAGUGCUCUUUGUGGAGGCCUACACAGACUCAGUUGUUGAUGAUUUUGGGGAUUUUGCUCCAACUAUGGAGCUUAAGCAGCUUCUACCAAAGGUUAAUUACACAGAGGAUAUCUCGGCUUAUCCCUUGCUUGUUCUUCAGAGUCAGAUUCAUAUUCUUCAUGUCCAUUCCUCGUCCCUGAAGUAUUGAAGCCGAUUUUCAAGAUGAGUCUCUUGCUCACCCAGUCUGUGCAACUUUUGUUGAGUCGUUUUCGACUCUCUAAUGAGUCGUUUUUUACUUUUUGAUCUGUCUUCUCUGUCGAGUCGUAUUUUGACUCUCUGAUCUAUCUCUCUGCUGAGUCGUGUUUUGACUCUUUGAUCUGUUUGAUCUUUUUCGAGAGUUCUUGAAGCCAUAUGUUCUCGAGGUUUGUUGAUUCGCCACUGCUUUUUGUGCUUGUUGAUCAAACAAUCUGAGUAUGCGUCUGAAGAUUCAACUGCUUGUUUCCACGACUUGGUGUUCAAACUCCAGCUGCUCUCUUUCAUAACAUCUUGAGUUUGAGGAGGAAUGUGAAAUGAAAGUAUAUACUGUAUAUCCGAUUAAUAUGGAAAGUGUAUAUUGUAAUCAGUAAAUGUGGGAAGGAUAGGAUAUUGUGUCUUGUAUUUUAUGGUAAGUCUGAGUAUAGUUUAAGUGUCUAUAAUUUAGUUUCUAUUAGUGUUUAAUUUGUUUAUAAAGAUAUGUCUGUAUAUUCAUAUCAAUUAAUAGACACCUAGUCUCUU